AUGUCAACCAUCAACUUUCCAACGAGAGAAUCCUGGUCACUGACCAACACUCACAAUGACAACAAAACGGACAUCACACCUUAUGAUCACCAAGACGUUGUUCUAUCCCCUACCCACACUCACCAAUCUGAGGACAACACGACAGAGGAAGAUCGAACCAACACCAAGGAUACUCUUGCUCCACUUCGGAAGAAAGAAGUGGAUAAUCUCAAGAGAUAUCUCGAACAAUCUCUUAGAGAUACCACCACUAACAUCGAGUCUCUCCCUUCAGAACUUACAUCCGAUGACUUGCAACUAGACGCUCGAGAAGAAUAUGAUGAAGCUCAUGAACGUAUGAAGAACGUCUUGAACCAAUAUGAAGAUUCUGUUGCAAAUGGAUUACAUAUCAAGACCAACUACAAGGAAGCAAGGACAGGUCAUCAUGAUGGUCAAGAGGAGGUGUGGAAUUCUCUGGAUGUGUUACAUGAAUUUGAUGAUGAAGAAUUGAAGGAGACAAAAUGGAGGAAGAAUGAUGAGGUUUUGGAAUUGGAGGAAGAAGCAGCAGAAUUGGUGUACCGUCCGUUGAUGGCAACCACAGUGAUUGACUCUCUUCAAAGGGAGUUUGGAUAUCAAUGA